AUGGCUGGAAGUUCAUUUCCAUACUUCAACAUAGUUCAGUCGCAGCUUCAGUACCUGGAGUUCUGCCUAUCCCUUUUCCGCACCCUUGCGGUGGCCCGUUCGAUGGGCGACACCAGGCUCGAGAUGAUAGGGCUGGGCCACGUCGGACAGCCAAGCUCCUUGAAUCAACAAGCAUCAUCCAUGGUCUUAGAAGAGGUGCGGCGCGCCGAAUUCGUGGCCUUUGACUUGGAGCUCACAGGGCUUCAUGUGAAGAACGAACGCUUCAUUGGUGUGGAGCGAUGCUAUUCUGCUCACCGUGAAGGCGCACGAACCUUUCUGCCUGUGCAGGUGGGGCUCUGUGCUGCACGCCGUGAUCCUGCGAAGAGCACAGGGACUUCGGCCCACUGGAUCUUGUCGCCCGUGUCCUUGUACGUCUUCCCGCAAAAAGCGGCAGAGCAUCACUUCUCGGUUUCAGCCGCCACGAUGGUCUUCCUAGACGAGAACGGCUUUAACUUCAACAACUGGGUUAGAUAUGGCCUCGGAUGGCUCAGACCCUCUGAUGAGGAGGAGAAGCGCCGCAGCGUGCAGCAACGCAUCGACGAAGUGCAGCGCUUGAAGCGCGCUGCGACGGCCACAGCUCCGAGCGCCGCGGCUCCGAGUGAGGAGCAGCCAGCCUUGGAGAUACCGGAAGGUGGGGGUUGGGUACCCUCUGGUGUCAAUGCGGAUUGA